AUGGCCAAAAAAGCCAAAUCCCGCACGAUCGCCGUCCGACUAAUCUCCAUGGCCCUGACAGGGUAUUACCGUACGAUGGUGCGGCCGCGCACGUCGAGGCCGCUGAGCAUGAUGAAGUACGACCCUGUGGUCAAGCGGCAGGUGCUGUUUCUGGAGCAGAAGCGCGGGAAGUAA